UGUGCCAGGAGGAGCUCUGUGCCCAGCCCCCUUAGCCCUUGCUGUUUGGCUUGGAUGCUGCCUAAUGCAGAUGCCUUGUUUGGGUGCCCGAGACUGUGGGACCCUGGAGGGCAGCACAGAAACCUAUCUGCUCCGCUGGGAUUGUGCUCUGCGGGUGGGGGCUGAGUUGGAGGGAGGAGAGAGCUGGACCUAAGGGGAAUCUGUGGCCCCGAGUCUCCCUGCUGCCGAGCUGGGUGCUGGGGAGAGACCUCUGCUUUGAGUUUGCCCGGCCCAGGUUCUAAGGUUCCAUUUCUAACUCAGAGCUCACUCAGAAAGCGGAGCCUCAGUUUCCCCAUCAUGAUGUGGGGAUAGAGCAGGCCAAGGUGGGCAUGAGAUGAGGGGGUGAAGAGAAGCUGCCCCCUAUGUCCACCAGGGUCACAUUCACUUCAGGGAAGGAGGUGCCUGGGGCUCCUGGAGAGGCAGCAGCAGCUGCUACAGGCAGACAGGACAGAGGUGGUCCGGAGUUCUCCAAGGCCUUUACACUGGACCACUACUUUGAGGAGGCACAGAGGCUGCGUUUCGAGGUCUAUGGCAGCCACGGGCCCAGCAGCCUCGGUGGUCAGGAGGAUGACUUCCUGGGGGGCAUGGAGUGCACCUUGGGGCAGAUUGUGGCCCAGAGGAAGAUGACCCGUGCACUGUUGCUGAAGUUUGGCAGGAAUGCGGGCAAGUCCACCAUCACGGUGAUAGCUGAGGACAUCUCCACAAACAAUGGGUACGUCAAGCUGUCCUUCCGGUCCCAGAAGCUGGACAACAAGGACAUCUUCAGCAAGUCAGACCCCUUCCUGGAGCUGUACCGGGUCAAUGAUGACCAGAGCGAGCAGCUGGUGUACAGGAUGGAGGUGGUGAAGAGCAACCAGCCCGUGUGGGAGCCCUUCAGGGUGUCGCUGAACUCCCUGUGCAGCUGCGAGGAGACGAGGCCUCUGAAGUGCCUGGUCUGGGACCACGACUCCCGAGGGAAGCACGACUUCAUUGGAAAAUUCACCACCACCUUUGCGGAGAUGCAGAGGGCCUUUGGAGAGGACCAGGCCCAGUGGGAUUGCGUGAAUGCCAAGUACAAGCAGAAGAAGUGCCGUUACAAGAACUCUGGGGUGUUCAUCCUGACAGACCUGAAGUUCUCCAGGGUUUACUCUUUCCUGGACUAUAUCAUGGGCGGCUGCCAGAUCCACUGCACGAUGGCCAUCGACUUCACGGCCUCCAGCGGUGACCCCCAGAACAACUGCUCCCUGCACUACAUCCACCCCUUCCAGCCCCACGAGUACCUGCAGGCCCUGGUGGCCGUGGGUGAGGUCUGCCAAGACUACGACAGUGACAAGAAGUUCUCUGCUUUGGGGUUUGGAGCCCAGAUCCCUCCCAAGUUUGAGGUGUCCCAUGACUUUGCCAUCAAUUUCAACCCUGAGGACGAUGAGUGUGAAGGAAUCCAGGGCGUGGUGGAGGCCUACCAGAACUGCCUGCCCAGGGUCCAGCUCUACGGCCCCACCCACGUGGCGCCCAUCAUCUCCAAGGGCCGCGUGGCUGCAGCCGAGGAGCGCACCGGGGAGGCCUCUCAAUACUACAUCCUGCUGAUCCUGACAGAUGGCGUGGUGACCGACAUGGCAGACACGCGGGAGGCCAUUGUGCGUGCCUCCCACCUGCCCAUGUCCAUCAUCAUCGUGGGCGUGGGCAAUGCCGACUUCACAGACAUGCAGGUCUUAGACGGGGACGACGGCAUCCUGCGCUGCCCAUGGGGUGAGCCCGCCCUCCGGGACAUUGUCCAGUUUGUGCCCUUCCGGGAGCUCAAGAAUGCGUCCCCUGCAGCGCUGGCCAGGUGCGUGCUGGCUGAGGUGCCCAAGCAGGUGGUGGAGUAUUACAGCCACAAGGAGCUGCCUCCUUGA